AUGUCUGACGCAACAGAGCCCAAGUUGGCUAAUGAUCAAUUCCAAGGUGGUGCUGCUGGUGGUAAUGAUGGUGGGUUUGCUAACGCCUCUGCCGCUGGUGGUCCCCCAGUAGAUGAUGAUGAUGAAGAAGGUGGAAGUGGAGGUAAGCAUCUUAAGGAAAGAAGAAAGAUUGAAAUUAAAUUUAUUCAAGACAAAUCUAGACGUCAUAUUACUUUUUCUAAGCGGAAAGCUGGUAUUAUGAAGAAAGCUUAUGAGUUGUCAGUAUUAACAGGUACUCAAGUGUUAUUAUUAGUUGUUAGCGAAACUGGGUUGGUUUAUACUUUCACUACACCAAAGCUACAACCAUUGGUGACAAAGGCAGAAGGUAAGAACUUAAUUCAAGCAUGUUUGAACGCUCCUGAAGAAGGCUUAAAUGAUGAAGGUGGUGAACAAAGUGACCCUGGUGACUCUGAUCAAAGUCCUGCUCCUCAUUCUACUCAGAAGGGAGUUCCCACUGGUAUCCAACAUGCAGCUGCUGCCGCUGCAGCUGCUGCCGCUGCCUCUCAACAACAGGCUGCUCAGCAGCAAGCUACUCAACAAUCUAGUAAUCAACAUCUACCACCACAUUUAGGUGGCAUACCUCCAUACCAACAACCACAACAAGGAGGUAUACCCAACAUGCAACAACCACAACAUCAUCACCAACAACAUCACCAACAACAACAACAACAACAAGGAUAUGCUGACUACACAUACUUCAACAAUUUGCCUAAUGGAAGUAUGCCCAAUGGAAGCAUUCCAAAUCAACAAUAUCAAUAA